AUGGGUGGAAAUUGGAAUGGAAAGGCGGGGAGGCGUGUACCGGUCCUCGCCACCCGCGAAGUCGUUACACAGCCGCUUCCCCUAGAGCAAAUGAGGCGUGCUCCUCCUCCUCCUUCCCUCCAAUUCCUCGCCGCAGCAGCCACCGACGCAACCACCGCCAUGUCUUCGCGCGCUCCUUACCGAGGUGGUCGAAACCAAUGGCCGACAGCCUCUUCCUCGAACCGCCCCUAUUCGGGCGGCAGAGGCCCGUACGUCACCGGAGAUUCACAUAUCCGGUCGGUCCGCGACGCCAAUCUAGGGUUCCGGCAAGGCGACGCCGGCACCGGCCCCUUCCCCAACCAAACCGACUUUCGUCAGCAUCCGCCGCCGCCUCUUCAGCACAACCAUCACUUCCGUCAAUCUCGGCCGUUCGAUCCAAACCAACCGUACCGGCCGAACCAGCAAUUCCGCCAUCCUCAGCAGUUUCAGCCUCCGCAGCAAUUCCGGCCUCGGCCGAAGCCCUUGGAUUAUCGCAACUGGGAGUUUGCGAAAACGACGCCGUCCCCUACUUGUGAUAGGUUUACGGUGCUAUCUUAUAACAUACUGGCUGAUUCCUUGGCCCAUGAGCACCGGAGCAAGCUUUACUUUCACAUACCUUAUCAUAUGAUGGACUGGCAAUGGAGAAAGAAUAAUUUGAUUUUUGAGCUUGGACUGUGGUCAGCUGACAUAAUGUGCUUUCAGGAGGUUGAUAAAUUUCAGGACAUCGAGGAGGAGUUGAAGCUUAAGGGGUACAAUGGCAUUUGGAAGAUGCGGACUGGCAAUCCAGUUGAUGGCUGUGCAAUUUUUUGGCGAUCCUCAAGAUUCAAGUUGAUUCAUGAGGAAUGCAUUGAGUUCAGUAAGCUUGGACUUCGGGAUAAUGUUGCUCAGAUAUGUGUGCUGGAGUCAAUAUGCCAGACCAAAAAUCUUGCAGUUAUACCAACAAGCUCAACAGGUUCUAAUAAAGUUGUCAUUUGUAACAUUCACGUGCUUUACAAUCCUAAACGGGGAGAAAUUAAGCUUGGCCAGGUCAGGGUGCUCUUGGAUAGGGCUCAUGCCAUUUCCAAAAUCUGGAAUGAUGCUCCAAUUGUUCUUUGUGGGGAUUUCAAUUGCACGCCAAAGAGUCCGUUAUACAACUUUAUUUCAGAACAGAAGUUAGAUUUGUCUGGAGUUGACAGAGAUAAAGUAUCUGGACAAGCUUCAGCCCAAAUUUAUGCAGCAAGGUCAUAUAAUCGUAAUUAUGGGGCUCAACCUGGUAAUCAUUUUGUUCAAGGUCCAUCAGUGGUAGAUGGGAGGGAAGGUGGAAUGAAGCCGAGUGAUUCACCAUUGGAUAUUCAGAACCUAAACAAUCCACAAAGUAGUGUGGAGAGUGUUCCAUUAACAAACAAUUUGUCUCAGCCUCAACCUACUAAGACCCUCAAUUGGUUUGAUAAAUCUUGCACCAAUGUUGAUUCUCAAAAAGAGGAUGGUACCCAAGAUGUUGAAGUUAACAAAGAAUCUAAGCAGAAUGCUGUAGAUGUCUCUACGGUUGAAUCAGCUUUCCAUGUUCCAGGUGAUGGCUUAAAGGAUGAUGCAAGUACUUCUUACAGUGAAGGCGGCUUUCCUGUAUCUAAGUUGACUGAUCCUGAACACGCUUUCUCUAACGUGACUCAGAUUGGAUACAAAGAAAAAGUGGAUUUCACCUCUACUUCAAAUCAUGGAUUACCAAGUGAACAUUUGGACUCAAAUAUUUGUGUAGAAAAAGAAAGCAUGAACUGUGAUAUCCAUAACAAUCCCUCUACAAGGGACAAUAAUUAUAUUAGGGAAGGGAUUGGUCCAGAUUAUGUGGAUCCUCUCCAGUCAGAAAUUCCUUUAUCUAAGCUAUCCGGCCAGACUUCCAUUGCUGAUGCUAUCGACGUCUCUUCAUUAGGGAACUUAGGAAAUUUGUCUUCUAAACCAAUUUCUUGUGCUGAGAACAAUAGCUGUUCAGUCCCAGAGCAAGUCGACAUAUCAUGUGCACCUACUAGUGUUGACCUUGAGUUGCAGAAAAAUCUAGAAAAUUUAUCUCUUACUGAGUUAGAUGAAGCCAUUCCAGAAGGCGGAAAUACAGCUGAAGAUGAUAAUACAUUUAUAUCUGCACUACACAACACACAAGAUGCCUUUCCAUCUGAUUUUUCUGUUUCUCCCAACUCAGCGUUGUCUGCAUCAACCAAUGCAGUUGAGGAUGGUUUAUCUCCAGGAUUGGAUUCAGAGACUGCUUAUGUGGAGAGAACUCCUUAUGAUCCCUCUCUAUGGACUCCAAUGGAAAUAGAAGCUGCUACAGGCAAUUCAGAAUCCACUGUUUUAGAACAUCCUCUAAAGCUUAGGAGCACAUACACUGAAGUUGAGGAUUGUGCUGGGGCCAGAGACUCGAAUGGAGAGCCCCUGGUUACCAGUUAUAACAGAUGUUUCUUGGGCACAGUUGAUUACAUCUGGCGCUCCGAAGGUCUGCAGACUGUAAGGGUACUUGCUCCUAUUCCAAAGCAUGCUAUGCAAUGGACUUCAGGGUUCCCAACCAAGAAAUGGGGUAGUGAUCAUAUUGCCUUGGCUUCUGAGUUGGCGUUUGUGAACAGUUUUGACCAAUCAUAACAGCAACACAGAAGUCCGCACCAGUAGUCAUUAUUGACAUUUGAGGAUUGCAUUCGGAGAAGUUGCGGGAUUGACUGUCAUCUCCGUCAAAUUUUUUCAGCGUCUAGUUUCACCCCUUCCCACAUGUUUUAUGUUGUGGGAAAAACUCAGUCACGGGUUCUUUCCAAAAAUUUGAGGUUAGUUGAGUUUUUCGGCGGCAAAUUCCCAAUGUAUAUAAUUUGAUCUUCAUGUAUUGUCUGUUUUUUAUUUUUCUAUUUUAAACUUCAGAGAAAUUCACUAACGAAUUUAUAAAGAAGUUCUAGUCUAUUUUUUUGCUACAGCCGUUGAUUGUUAUGAAAUUCACAAUGGAACAAUGAAAGGUUCAUAGUUACCCAGACGACUGUGACGACCAUAUUUUAGCACAAACGGCAUCGUAUUUAGCAC